GUUCCUCUCAUCUCAACGUGGACGACUGAAGCCGAAAAAAAUCCCAUGCCACAACAACGAACAGCCAAACCAAAGAGUUCUGUAGCCAAGACUCGAGAGCAAAAACCACAAGCUCACCCGGAAAUGACAGCCCACCAAAGCGACACGCCCAGACAGGCCGCGCUCCUGCACCUGGCCAAGACGGUGCAGGAGAACCUGGAGCUCGAGAAGGACUGGACCGGGGUCGAGGUGCACACCGUCACGACGGCGCACGCCACCUCCGGGGCGGCGGUGGCGGCGGCGGAGGAGGCGUCUCCGGACCGCCGGCCGCUGCUGCGCGGCAUCCCGCCGCGGCGCAUGUACGUGCACCCGGACGAGCAGAUCGCCAUCAUCCGGGCCGAGCGGGAGCGCGGCGGCGACGCGCGCGUGCCGCAGCCGCCCGAGGCCGAGUGGGUGCUACCCAUGCACCUGGCCGAGAGCUGGUCCAUGGCCCGCUUCGCCGCCGUCCUUGACGCCAUCGCCGCCGUGCCGCGGCCCGCCGCGGCCGGGGAGGGGGAGGAGGAGGGUGGCGCUGCCGCCGCCGCCGCGCGUGGGGAGCUGGAUGCCGACGUCGACGCCGAGGUCUGGAGGCAGUGGAGGGGCCCGAGACGGGGCAAGCGCGUCAUACUCGCCAUCGUGCAGGACGACUCGACCGUGUCCUAUUACGUGAUGCACGACGGCAUCGUCAAGCCCAGGCAGAACUAAACAGGCAGCCGCAUCCCGGGUCUAUAUUCUCUCUAUUCUCUUUACCUCCUUCUUUUUUUGUACCCAGCGCGCGCCUUGCUUUUAUGUACACUCUUGGCCAUCUCCAUGCGGCCACCACGGUUGGCCAGAGCCUCCUGACAUAUCCACCGUUCCCACGGUGUGGGCAUUUGCACUAUGUACCUCUCGGUUUUACGGGGUAAAGAUGACUUUCUGCACCUUUCUCUUAUCAAACAUGUCAUAGGCCUCAACGGCCGAAUCCAGCGGCAUGAUUUUGUCGAACAUGAAGCUAGACGCGGGUUAAGAAUAAUGGUCAGCAGGGUCGCAAACCAACCCUCGAGGAUAUGAACGCACCCAAGCUUGUCCUGCGCCUUGGCGAGCACCUCGAGCGCCUCCGAGAAGAUCCCCCGCACCGGGCAUCUCCCCAUCUGGAUCCGGAGGUUUUUGCUGUGCUGCUUGUUAGUGCUGCGUUUACACACGCUCGAGGCUUGGGGUAGAUUCAACAUACUCGUAUCCCUCGGCACCAGUCCACGGGAUCUGCCGGAUAGGUAUAGAUAUAUAUAGUCAGCACGCGCGACAAGCAAGAGACGAAACUUUUGUCAGGGG